AGUCAUUACUCCAACCCAGUACUGUUUCCAGUAGCUCCUAAUUCGAUGCCCAUGUAUGGUUUUGCCCACAAUCAGGUUUUCCCGCAGCCCCCUGUAUCUACCAGUGGUCCGCCAGUGCAACCUGUUCAAAACCCGACUCUUGGCAAGAAAAAUUCUUCGCAACAACCAAAUACAGUACCUGGACACUUGAGCGCCGCAGACGCAGGUCUGAAUACUGUUCCUUCAAUCAAUAUUGUUCCUCCAACACCUGUCUUGGGUUCUGUUGUCUUGCCUAGCCAACAAACUGCGAAGUCUACCUCUCCCUCUGAAUACCAACUUGCUGGCAAAAAAAAUCCCUUGUUAAGUCCAAAUACCACUCCCGAAUCAUGGGAUGGCUGGUUGGAUGGUAAUCUUGAGGCCGAUUUUACCUGGGAAGAGCUCGCUCAGACUGGGGAUCUUCGGGUACACUGGGCAAGAAAGGAUUAUGGAAGUCGAGCUGGUGUAGGCAACGCAUUUGCUGAGCAUUGGUCCGCAGGGAAGAAGAAUACCCGCUCGUGUUUAGGAGUCAUUUCUUGCACCAAUGAGCAGUGUUUGACCAUCAUCCGUCCUCACAGUCUUAUUGAUAUUAACCCUGAUACUACGCCAUCUCAGCUUUUGGUUGGUCGCCGUACAUUGCAUGGUAAACGGAAGUCUGCAUCAGAUAUUAGCCCAGUGUACAACAACCGUGACCGUAUUGCAAAGGAUCGCCAAAAAGUCAUCAACGGAGCAAAAUACUCAGGCGGAGAUAGUUUUGUUUCUGGCUUCCGUGACUUCCAUCGAGACUUUCCAGGAUUCAUAGUUCACACCAUCUUUGGCGAAAUUAAUAUGAUCUGCCUUCAAAGUGAAUUUAUGCGAAGUCGACUUGGGGGCAUGUUCAAACAUCACCCAGAACCAGUCAAUGGUAUUGUUUCCGACGCAGCUCAUGGAUUCUGGCGGGAACGGAACUCUCUUCUCAUCACAAGCUCAAUAUAUGAAGCGGAGCUGCACUGUUGGGUACCAGGAUUGUUCAGUUAUAGUGAUGGUGCUAGUGCAGAGCAUUAU